AUGAAAAUUUUCCCCAUUUUGUUUGGGAGAAAUUAUGAUGAUAAACCAUGGUUAAAACUUAAAAGUGUACUUGUUGAUAUUUGGGUGAGUUUUGAUCCAAAUGAGGCUGCAAAUUAUAAACUGGAUUAUUCAGAUGUGGAUGAUAAGCUGGUGGAAGUUGGGAGUGAUAUCUGUAUGUCUGAUGGGGGGGAGAUGGUAAAUUUUUACGACGAAAAGGACUUUUCGUCGCAAGAACUGUGUUUGAACGUGGAAGCACCGCGCGUUGGGAUGGAGUUCGAAUCAGAGGAGUCUGCCAUGGCAUAUUAUGAUGCAUAUGCCAAGCGCGUAGGCUUCAUCAUCCGCAUAGGCAACUGCCAUCGCUCGAGCCUCAAUGGCUCGGUUAUUAGCCGGAGGUUUGUCUGCAACAAGGAGGGUUUUCGUGUGAAGAGUAGCAAGGUGAAGAGGGUUGAAGUUAGGAAGCCGAGGGCCGUCACAAGGGAAGGUUGUAAGGCGAUGGUCAUGAUUAGGAAGGAGGAUUCCGGGGCGUGGAUUAUUGCAAAGCUCGAAACGCAGCACAGUCACCCUUUGGGGGUGUCUCCGGGGAAGCCCCAUCGUGGUCCUCUCCGAGUACAGUCACAGGACGAGAAGGACAAGAGAAUCCGCGAGCUAUCCACUGAGCUUCACCGCACCAAACAGAAGCUGGCGGAAUGCCAGAAACAGCUCAGUGCCAUCUUGAGCGAUGUAGAGCUCCACGUGGAUCACCUCACCAGAAGCGUCCAACACCUUGUUCAAAACGUCAAAGAAAUCGAGAGAUGA